CUGUGUCCUCACCAGAACCGCUCAGUAAUAUGAUCAUAUUUUGCUUUUAAGUCGUGCAUCUUUAUUUAUUUUUAAAACAGCGACAUCAGUGGCUGAUGGAGUAAUUUUGGAAGGACAGGUGAAGGUAACCAACCGGAUCUGUUGUUGAAGUAAUCCAAGCGUUGGUGGAUAUGAGUCAACCUUUGUAUGCGUGAACAUUCAACACCAUGUGGAAAGGAGGGGCUGAGUGGGAGCAGAAGUACACUGAAGGAGAGAUAGUUAAGACUCCCGGUUGUCAGAUGGAUACUGCAGCACCUUUGGCUUCACAUUACCCCACUCGCUUUGGGGACCUCGGCUCUUUCCUUCACCAAAAUUAUGGAUCUCCUUUCAAUUGGAAGAGAAACGGACAUGAUGGCAAGAGCUGUUGACUGACACCUGAUACUCCCUUGAAUUGGAUUUCUGAGACGAGGCAAACACCUUCAGUAUGCAGAACCAUCCUUUUCCUCCGACAUAUUUCUCACUGUCACUCCUGUUGCUGGUGUUGAGUUGGAACCAUGCAGUCUGUUUUUCUGGGAAAGGCAGGAGCAUCUGGCAGAAGCCUAAACCAAACCCCGUCAUCGGCGACGAGUCUUUCCUUCAGGACAUCUUCCCCUCGGGAUUCCUUUGGGGCUCCGGGACGUCGGCUUUCCAAACAGAAGGAGCCUGGAACUUGGAUGGCAAAGGCACCUCCAUUUGGGACCACUUCACUCACUCGUCUGGCAUUAGUAAUUUCACUGGAGACACUGCAGAUGUUGCCAGUGACAGCUACAACAACUGGAAAGAAGAUGUGGAUGCACUGGAAUAUCUAGGUGUAAGAUCAUACUGUUUUUCCCUGUCCUGGCCCCGGCUCUUCCCCGAUGGCAAUGCUGCAGAUGAGCCCAAUGCAGCGGCUGUGCAGCAUUACAGCCGCCUCAUCGACAGGCUUCUGGAAAAGAACAUCGAACCUAUUGUCACCCUUUAUCACUGGGACCUGCCACAGGUACUCCAGGAGGAAUAUGGAGGCUGGAAAAAUAAAACGUUGGUGGGGCUUUUUGAGGCAUAUGCUGACUUUUGUUUCCGCACGUUUGGGAGUCGUGUUAGGUACUGGCUAACAAUGAAUAAUCCAUACCUGGUGGCCGUGCAAGGGUAUGGGACUGGCGUACAUGCUCCCGGGGAGAAAGGGGGUCUUUCUGUCUCUCUUAUUGUGGCCCACAACCUUAUCAGGGCACAUGCCAAAGCAUGGCACAUCUACAACGCUCUCUUCCGUGCCACUCAGAGGGGUAAAGUUUCCAUUGUUUUAGGUUCCCACUGGGUUGAGCCUCAAAGAGGCCAGGCUUCAGCCACCAAUGUUGCACUCUGUCAGCAGUCAAUGGAGGCUGUUCUUGGCUGGUUUGCCAAUCCCAUCCUUGGUGAGGGAGACUAUCCAGUCUCUCUAAAGCAGAAAUACGAGCUUCUCUUGCCCAGAUUCACUCCAGAGGAGCAGCUCUGGGUUAGAAAGACGGCUGAUUUUUUUGCUCUGUCAUUUGGGCCAAACAAUCUGCGUUUGGGCAGAAAUUUGCUCAACUAUGGGCAAACUGUAACACCGGAUCUGCGGCGGCUGCUGUGCUGGAUAAAGCUGGAGUAUGGGGACCCGAGUGUGCUGGUGGUUGAGGGAGGAUGGUUCUCUGAGGCCAGUGUGGGAAGGGAAGACACAGUGGCCAUUUAUCUGAUGAAGAGCUUUAUCAACCAGGUCUUACAGGCCGUCAAGCUUGAUGGUGUGCAGGUGUUUGGUUACUCAGCGUGGUCACUGGUGGAUGGAUAUGAAUGGAAUUUUGGCUACAGUGUUAGACGAGGCCUGUUCUUUAUCAACUUCAACCAACCAAACCGGACCAGGAGCCCAAAGACCACUGCUCAGUACUACAGACACGUUAUCUCUGACAACGGUUUCCCAAGUGAUGAAACCUCCACUGACGUUAGAGCCCAUUUCCCCUGCAAAUUUCAUUGGGGUAUUGCCGACUCUACACUACAGGUCCACUUCUUUCCUUUCUCCCCCCAGUUUACUGAUCCUCACCUGUACAGCUGGAACGUGACAGGAGACGGGUCAUUGCAUCCGGUUCCAGGGGUGAAGCUCCACACCAGACCAGCUCAGUGCACUGAUUAUUUGGCUAUUCGCGGUCAUCUUCGCCUGUUUGAGUCCACUGGUGCAUCUCAUUACCGCUUUGCUCUGAACUGGUCGCUGAUUUUACCCCAGGGUGAUCGGUCUAAUGUCAACACCGAGGCUUUGAGGUACUACCGCUGUGUGCUGACUGAGCUAAAGAACCUGGAACUGGAGGCUGUGGUUAUCUUGUACCACCCGACACACAGAACGUCAAACCUGGGUUUGCCCGAGCCGCUCCAUGCCUCUGGAGGCUGGUUAAAGAACAGCACAGUGGAAGCGUUUCAAGACUAUGCAGCUCUUUGCUACCAGGAACUAGGUGCUUGGGUCCGAUAUUGGAUCACCAUUAAUGAACCAAACAGACUAGUAGAUGUUUAUUUUAGCGGGCCAGAGAGACAUCAAGCGGCUCAUAACCUCCUUUUAGCUCAUGCAAAAGCCUGGAGGUUGUAUGAGAGAGAAUAUUACAGCCAACAGCAAGCACUGGUGUCACUCGCUUUACAUGCUGACUGGGCACAACCCGCCAACCCCUUCCUAGAAACACAUACAGUGGCUGCAGAGAGAUUCCUUCUGUUUGAACUUGGUCGUUUUCUUGACCCACUGCUUGGAACUAGAAGUGAGGAGAAGCAUAGGAAGGGGGACUACCCACAUGAAAUGAAGGCAUACCUGAAGGAGAGAGGUCUCCAUGGAUCUCCUCUUCCUAAUUUUACUGAGACUGAGAGGGAGGAGCUGAGAGGUGCAUUGAGUUUUAUCGCCCUAAACCAUUUUACUACACGUUUGGUUUCUCCUCAUCCCCAUGCACAUGCAGAUUUUCAGGAGAAACCAGUCCCUGAUCAUGAUUGUUUGAUCCUCUCUGACCCCACCUGGCCCUCCUCCAGCCUGGGACAGGCUCUGGUGCCCUGGGGUCUACGGAAGAUGCUGACAUGGGUGACUGAGAGAUAUGGUAGAGCUUUGCCUAUCAUUGUCACGGGAAGCGGGAUUGAUGACCAGGCUCUUGUUGAAGAUAAACUCAGACAGCACUACCUCAGAAACUAUCUGCAGGAGGCACUCAAAGCAUACCAUCUUGAUCGAGUUAACUUGCAGGGCUUCUACAUGUGGAAGCUCCAAGAUCGACAUGGCCCCCAGUUUGGCCUCUUCACCUCAAAACAACACCAAUCCAAAGCCAAGGCCUCCAUUGCUGUAUACAGAGAAAUCAUUACCCACAGUGGUUUCCCCAACAAUGACACAAUGCAGCCGUGCAGGUUUACUGAGCUGCACAUGAAUUGCUCUGUAUGUGAUUGGAUGUUCAAGAACAAACCAAUGGUCGUAUUCUUGAGCUGCCUCCUAAUAACGGCUGUCAUGCUGGCAGCCCUUGUUGUCUUUGUCAUCAUCACUAAGCGAAAUCAGAGACAAAAAAGAGAGAGACAGAAGACCAGAAUGAACCGGAGAAGGAGAAAGGAAGGAGCACAAAUGUUUUUGUGUCCUGCUGUUAAAUACUAAUAAUAGAAAGAGUGACUCUGUAACAUGUCAGAAAUACUGGCAAAGAAGAGCCACAACACACACUUGUGCCACGUACCAGUUUUUAAUUUGUGACAAAUGUGCAGUUUACCAAACAUGUCCAUCAGUGGAAACUGUCUCCAUGUACUCUACUCCAGUAAUGCCCCCCUUCGGAGAUAAAAAAAACAACAACUGUUUCUACAUUUUAUAAUUAUCAUAAAAAAGCAACAUAAUGUAAAGCAAUUACUGUAUAUGGCAAAGGCACUGUCUUUCUCAUUUUAUGUUGUUAAAAGAAAAAAAUAUUUAAGGUGAGCUACUUGGUUUAAUUUCCAAAAGGCUUUGUCUAAACAUGACACAGGGAUCUUCACCACAGGAAAAAAUAAAUAAAUCCCAUUUUCUGCUGUUGUAAUUUAAUAUGAUUGGUGGUGUUUAACUUUGAUAUAAAUUAAGUUCAGAUUUAAUGGUGGAUUGCACUUGUUUUUAUAAGUACAUGUUUUGAUGGUCUAAAAACGUUCUUCAAACAUGUAAUAAAUGGCUGUCUUUUGCCAAUAAUG